GAAAAGAGGAGCUCACUAACCUAAUCUAAUCUGAUCCGAGCUCAGUGAUGGAAGACAGACUGAUUCGAUUCGUGUUGUUUUCAGGCUUUCUCUCGGUCCUUCUGUGCAGCUCGCAUGAUUAUGUUUGGGUCAGAGACAGGAAAACUUGGAAAGAGGCUCAGGAUUUCUGUCAAAAGCACUACCUUGAUUUAGCCACUGCCCGGACUGAUGAAGAGUGGAGUGAAAUCGACAAGUUAAGAGCUAAAAAUGGAUCGAAGACUUGGAUCAGGCUCUAUGACGAUGUGAACGGCUGGCGCUGGUCUUUUCGAAACGAAUGCCCUUCAUUCACCAGAUGGCAUAAGAAACAGCCGGAUAAUUACGGAGGAAACCAAGACUGUGUGAUGCUUCACUCGAAUGGAUACUGGCAUGAUGAGAACUGCAAUCGUAAAUGUGCCAUUAUUUGUCAAAGCGAUCAAAGGCCAGUACUAGUUUCAGAUCCAGCGAUGUCCUGGACACAAGGCCAGAGACUCUGUAGAAAACUACACAGACUUACACACGUAAGUGUAAGGCGUCAGGUUUUGAGACUGAAGGUGAAAGCGGGUGAUAAUGUCUCUGAUAAAGUGACUGCAGACGCCGUCUUGAAGGAGGUCCAGAAGAAACUCCAGGAGCAGGGACUAGCAGCAGGCGUCAAGUUCUCGUGGCAGGAGCAGCUCAGCGGAACGGUCUUCCACAAAUUAAACAAGCAGCGUUAUAGAUCGAGGUGUUGA